AUGUCAGGGUUGACAACUAGGAAUACCUCCACGAACGGAGUGGACGAAAAGUCUGGCCAGUUUCUGUUUGGGGAUGCCCAUACCCACCUGGAUCAGUAUGGGCCCGAAGAGAUACCGGGCAUCCUAGAUAGAGCCGCCGAAGCCGGCAUAGGAUUCAUCGUGUGCGCCGGCACCACCCUGGAAUCGACCCGAGCCUGUAUACGCAUGGCCGAACAGCAUGCCCCCUUUUAUGCCGGUGUUGGCAUUCACCCCAUGGAAGCUCACAGCCCCGUAGAUGACGAGGUCUACGCAGAGCUGGAAGCGUUGGCCAGGAAUAACCCCAAAGUGGUCUGCAUCAGCGAAAUUGGGCUGGACUAUAUGCCCACGUCGCCGGACCAUGAGACUCAGGACCAGGUUUUCCGGGCCCAGAUCAGGCUGGCGAAGAGUCUUGAGCUUCCCAUAAUCUUUCACUCACGGGAAUCCCACGAUGACGUGUUUCGGACCCUCCGGGAGGAGGAUGCCGGAAGCGUAGGUGGGGUAAUGCACUACUUCCAGGGAGAUGAACCCACGGCGAGGGCGGCAAUAGACUGCGGGUUCUACAUCUCCAUGGCCCGUCCCCUGACCCGAUUGCCCCAUCUGCAAGACGCGGCCCGCGCCAUUCCCCUGGAGAAUAUGGUGCUGGAGACGGAUGCAUUCCCCCAGCCCUUCAAGAAAUAUCGCCACAACUGGACCGAACCCCGCCACGUGCGGGAAGUGGCCCAGUUCCUGGCCGACCUGAAAGGCAUUACCCUGGAGGAGGUUGCCGAAACCACCACCCGAAACCUGGCAAACCUGCUGAGGCUAGAGCCAAACAAGGAAUGGUUGGUCCGUGGUUGAAUGAGUAGAAGUGAGCCGGACGGAUUGGGGUGGCAAGCAUGACAGGCAAGCACAUGUUUGGAAUCCGUCAGGACUG